AUGGACGUGGACUUGGACGUGGACGUGGACGUGGACGUGGACGUGGACAUGGACGUGGACGUGGACAUGGACGUGGACGUGGACAUGGACGUGGACGUGGACAUGGACGUGGACGUGGACAUGGACGUGGACGUGGACGUGGACGUGGACGUGCACGUGCACGUGGACGUGGACGUGGACGUGGACGUAGACGUGGACGUGGACGUGGACGUGGACGUGGACAUGGACGUGGAGAUGGACGUGGACGUGGACGUGGACAUGGACGUGGACGUAGACCUGGACGUGGACGUGGACGUUGACGUGGACGUGGACGUGGACGUAGACAUGGACGUGGACGUGGACGUGGACGUGGACCUGGACGUGGACGUGGACGUGGACGUGGACAUGGACGUGGACGUGGACGUAGACGUGGACGUGGACGUGGACGUGGACGUAGACGUGGACGUGGACGUGGACGUAAACGUGGACGUGGAAGUGGACGUGGACGUGGACGUGGACGUGGACAUGGACAUGGACGUGGACGUGGACAUGGACGUGGAGGUGGACGUCGACGUGGACGUGGACGUGGACAUGGACGUGGACGUGGACAUGGACGUGGACGUGGACGUGGACGUGGACGUGGACAUGGACGUGGACGUGGACAUGGACGUGGACGUAGACGUGGACGUGGACAUGGACGUGGACUUGGACGUGGACAUGGACGUGGACAUGGACGUAGACGUGGACGUGGACAUGGACGUGGACGUGGACGUGGACGUGGACGUGGACAUGGACGUGGACGUGGACGUGGACAUGGACGUGGACAUGGACGUGGACAUGGACGUGGACAUGGACGUGGACGUGGACAUGGACGUGGACGUGGACGUGGACCGUGGACAUGGACGUGGACAUGGACGUGGACUUGGACGUGGACGUGGACUUGGACGUGGACGAGACGUGGACGUGGACAUGGACGUGAACGUGGACGUGGAUAUGGACGUGGACGUGGACGUGGACAUGGACGUGGACAUGGACGUGGAUGUAGACGUGGACGUGGACGUGGACGUGGACGUGGACCUGGACAUGGACGUGGACGUGGACGUGGACGUGGAUAUGGACGUGGACGUGGACCUGGAAAUGGACGUGGACGUGGACGUGGACGUGGAGGUGGACGUGGACAUGGACAAGGACGUAGAAAUGGACGUGGACGUGGACGUGCACAUGGACGUGGACGUGGACGUGGACAUGGACGUGGACGUGGACAUGGACGUGGACGUACAAAUGGACAUGGACGUGGACGUGGACAUGGACGUGGACGUAGACGUGGACGUGGACGUGGACUUAGACGUGGACGUGGACAUGGACGUGGACUUGGACGUGGACGUGGACAUGGACGUGGACAUGGACGUGGACGUGGACAUGGACGUGGACAUGGACGUGGACAUGGACGUGGACGUGGACGUGGACGUGGACAUGGACAUGGACAUGGACGUGGACGUGGACGUGGACGUGGACAUGGACGUGGACAUGGACGUGGACGUGGGACGUGGACGUGGACGUGGACAUGGACGUGGACGUGGACAUGGACGUGGACAUGGACGUGGACGUGGACAUGGACGUGGACGUGGACAUGGACGUGGACGUGGACAUGGACGUGGACAUGGACGUGGACUUGGACGUGGACGUGGACUUGGACGUGGACGAGACGUGGACGUGGACGUGGACGUGGACAUGGACGUGGACGUGGACGUGGACCUGGACGUGGACGUGGACGUGGACGUGGACGUGGACGUGGACGUGGACCUGGACGUGGACGUGGACGUGGACAUGGACGUGGACAUGGACGUGGACGUGGACGUGGACAUGGACGUGGGCUUGGACCUGGACAUGGACAUGGACGUGGACAUGGACGUGGACAUGGACGUGGACUUGGACCUGGACGUGGACAUGGACGUGGACAUGGACGUCGACGUGGACGUGGACGUGGACGUGGACGUGGACGUGGACGUAGACGUGGAUGUGGACGUGGACGUAGACGUGGACGUGGACGUGGACGUGGACGUGGACGUGGACAUGGACGUGGACGUGGACGUGGACAUGGACGUGGAGGUGGACGUCGACGUGGACGUGGACGUAGACAUGGACGUGGACGUGGACAUGGACGUGGACGUGGACGUGGACGUGGACGUGGACGUGGACGUAGAAAUGGACGUGGACGUGGACGUGGACAUGGACGUGGACGUAGACGUGGACGUGGACAUGGACGUGGACUUGGACGUGGACGUGGACAGGGACGUGGACAUGGACGUAGACGUGGACGUGGACGUGGACAUGGACGUGGACGUAGACGUGGACGUGGACAUGGACGUGGACGUGGACAUGGACGUGGACGUGGACGUGGACAUGGACGUGGACAUGGACGUGGACAUGGACGUGGACGUGGACAUUGACGUGGACGUGGACAUGGACGUGGACAUGGACGUGGACGUGGACGUGGACGUGGACGUGGACAUGGACGUGGACGUGGACAUGGACGUGGACAUGGACGUGGACGUGGACAUGGACGUGGAUGUGGACAUGGACGUGGACGUGGACAGGGACGUGGACAUGGACGUGGACUUGGACGUGGACGUGGACUUGGACGUGGACGAGACGUGGACGUGGACGUGGACGUGGACAUGGACGUGGGACGUGGACUGGAACAUGGACGUGGACGUGGACGUGGACAUGGACGUGGGCUUGGACCUGGACAUGGACAUGGACGUGGACAUGGACGUGGACAUGGACGUGGACUUGGACCUGGACGUGGACAUGGACGUGGACAUGGACGUCGACGUGGACGUGGACGUGGACGUGGACGUGGGACGUGGACGUAGACGUAGAUGUGGACGUCGACGUGGACGUGGACGUGGACAUGGACGUGGACGUGGACCUAUGGACGUGGACGUGGACGUGGACGUGGACGUGGACGUGGACGUAGAAAUGACGUGGACGUGGACGUGGGACAUGGACGUGGACGUAGACGUGGACACGUGGACCGUGGACAAUGGACGUGGGACGUGGACAUGGACGUGGACGUGGACGUGGACGUGGACAUGGACGUGGACAUGGACGUGGACUUGGACGUGGGACGUGGACUUGGACGUGGGACCGAGCAUGGACGUGGACAUGGACGUGGACGUAGACGUGGACAUGGACGUGGACGUGGACGUGGACAUGGACGUGGACAUCAACGUGGACGUAGACGUGGACGUGGACGUGGACGUGGACGUGGACCUGGACAUGGACGUGGACGUGACGUGGAUUGGACGUGGACAAGUGGACGUGGACGUGGACAUGGACGUGGACAUGGACGUGGACGUGGACGUGGACGUAGUAGAAAUGGACGUGGACCCGUGGACGUGGAUGGACAUGGACGUGGACGUAGACGUGGACGUGGACGUAGAAAUGGACGUGGACAUGGACGUGGACAUGGACGUGGACAUGACGUCGUGGACAUGGACUACGUGGACGUGGAACAUGGACGUGGACGUGGACGUGGACGUGGACAUGGACGUGGGACAUGGACGUGGACUUGGACGUGGACGUGGACGUGGACGUGGACGAGACGUGGACGUGGACAUUGGACACGUGGACGUGGACGUGGACGUGGACGUGGACCUGGACAUGGACGUGGACGUGGACGUGGACGUGGAUAUGGACGUGGACGUGAGGACCUGGAAAUGGACGUGGACGUGGACGUGGAACGUGGAGGUGGACGUGGACAUGGACAAGGACGUAGAAAUGGACGUGGACGUGGACGUGCACAUGGACGUGUGGACGUGGGACGUGGACAUGGACGUGGACGUGGACAUGGGACGUGGACGUACAACUGGACAGGGACGUGGACGGGACCAUGACGUGGACGUAGACGUGGACGUGGACGUGGACUUAGACGUGGACGUGGACAUGGACGUGGACUUGGACGUGGACGUGGACAGGACGUGGACAUGGACGUGGACGUGGACAUGGACGUGGACAUGGACGUGGACAUGGACGUGGACGUGGACCGUGGACGUGGACAUGGACAUGGACGUGGACAUGGACGUGGACGUGGACGUGGACGUGGACAGGACGUGGACAUGGACGUGGACGUGGACGUGGAC